AUGGACAAAGUAUUCAAUAAGCUGAGGAAUUUGGACGCAUACCCAAAAAUCAAUGAAGAUUUCUUUAGCCGUACACUGUCUGGUGGUGUUAUCACCCUCGUCUCCUCCAUCGUUAUGCUCUUGCUCUUCUUCUCCGAGCUCAGCAUUCUCGUUUGUGCCGGAAUGCAACAUCUAGAUCCUGUUAAUAAAUACAGGAGGUUAAGUUUGGGAAAGGAAAAACAAAACCUAGUUGCUAAAAUUAAGUGA